AUGGCUGGUAAUUAUGAAAUUAUUCCAUGUAUAAAUCGUAAAAUUACCACUCCUGAUUCAGAUACAGGCAAAACAACUGAUUAUAAAGAGGACGAAGAAACUAAAAAAUGUAAAGAAAAACAUGCUAAAAGGCUCUAUAAGGAUAAUUAUGAAAUUUAUAGCAAGUGUAAAGAAAUUAAACUGGAAGGCCAUCCAGGAGAGUUUUCAAAAAAUAAAAAUAAGAAAGAAGAUAAUAAUGAAGAUAAAGAUCAAGAAGUCAAUAUUAAAGUUAUUGAAUCUAAAGAUGAUAAAACAGAUGAUGAUAAAAAUAAGAAUGAUAAAGGUAAAGAUGAUGAUAAGAGUAAAGAGGAUGAUAAGAGUAAAGAGGAUGAUAAGAGUAAAUUGGAUGAUAAGAGUAAAGAGGAUGAUAAGAGUAAAGAGAAUGAUAAGAAUAAAAAGGAUAAUAAGAGUAAAGAGGAUGAUAAAA